AAAAUGUGAGAAAUUCCAAAAGGUUCAGAUACCUUUUUAUACCACUGUAGGUCACAAUAAUCUGCUUACAAAGACCUAGGGAGAAAAGCUCCCACUUCUCAUCCAAAUAAAGUCACAGAUUACAUACACUGAAUGAAUAAGACAUACUACAUAAAUAUUAAUAGACCAGGUAAAAUGAACAUAUAUGUAUAAAUAAGAAAAUAUAUCUGUAAUGUAACACUAAAUUCCUGUGGUAUGUGUAGCAUUUUAGUUCUGUGGAUGAGCGCAUUUCAUUUGUGUUAGUUUAUUUCUUUAAUACAUUUAAAUAUUUCUGAGCAGAAUAGAAUAGAAAGCCUUUAUUGUCCUUAUACAGAGUACAACGAGAUUUAAAGCUUCGCCAUAAAGUGCACCACAUAAAACAAAAGCACAAUAAGGCUAAUAUAAAAACACAGGUUACAGGAUACACAGAUUGGAAUAAAGUCAAUAAGAUACUAGCUGCAAGACAGUGCGUAUAUGUCAAUUUAAAGUACUCAGACUAGGAGUCAGGUGGCUGACUUGAUUAGUCCUGCAACGAUUAAUCGAUUAACUCGAGUAUUCGAUUAGGGAAAAAAGAUUUGAAUUACAUUUUGCUGCUUCGAGUAUUCGUUUGCAGCGUUGUAAUGGUUUGUUUUGAAAGUGUUUGCAUUUAGUUUUAUUCAUAUGGGUGGAGACACUGCCUCUAGUCUGCCUCAUUUCACAUGGCUGAAUCCAGCUGCUCCCUGUUAAGACCAAUAUACGCAAAGUGUCUGUUUGAGCUAAUUUUUUUUAAUGCAUUGGUAAUUUAGUUUAAAGUAUAUUUAGCCUUUUUUGUGGGAAUAUGUGUCCGAGCCAUUUGUUAAGAGCAUUGUUAAAAAAAAAAAAAAAAAAAAAGUUUGCAUUUUGUAGCACUUAAGCUAGCGGACUUUUGCAAUGCAAGUUAGCCAAUUCUUCUUUUGCUGUACAUAGAUCCUCAUUUAUUUAUUUUUCUAUAAUGUUUGAGGCUCAGCUCAGGUAUUUUAAUUUUUUAUGCAGUACCCAAUUGAGACAGAUGUCUGAGAACAUAUUACUUAGUGAGAUGCGUGUGACAAUGUUGAAGCAUUAGCACUGCAAUGACAGUGACAUUGUCAGUGGUGUGCAAGAUGUCAGUUUUUUAGUGCAAACUGUCUCUCAGUCUGUUUGUUUUGGCUUAUAUGGCCAUGUAGCCUUUGCUAGAGUGCAACAGGUAGAAGAGGUGGAAGCUGGGAUGUGUAAGAGUGCCUUGUCGUUGCUUGAUAUUGUUAGUAUUUAGUUUUUCAUCACAAACUUGGAGGAAGGAGGCAGCCAAUGAACUUUUCUGCUGUUUUUGAUCAACCUCUGCAGUCUUCUCGUUUCUGCUUCUGUGGCCUAAAUGAGCAUUUCCAUGCAUAUCUUAUGAUGCUUUAACAAUGGUCAAAUAUGUGGCCACAAAGCUACCUUCCACUACCAACUGAAAUUUAUACUGAGUUGAUUUACAUUAAAAUGGUAUCUGCACUCUAAUGUGCAGUGUUAUGCAAAUGUGAUCUGUCAAGUGUGAUGUACAGUGGUGUAGUUAGUGUAAUGGAACAGUCGUCCUUUUUCCUAUGUCACACAUUUUAAUCUAAUAAACCCUGAUUCUUCUUUUCCGUAAUACAAGGUGACAUCAUCACUAUAAAUAAUAUUACAUCGAGUGCACUUGUAUUUAAAGGCCAUAGCGAGUGAGUGGAAAAGUUCUUUUGGGUCAUAAAUCAAAAGAAGAAUAGGGAAGUAUGUGGAUAAUUUUGACUUGUGACACGCACCAGUAGACAGGAAGGCCUCAAACACACAUUCACAAGCGGAAGAUUAUUUGCAUUGAUUCUGCAAAUUAUCCGAUAAGAAGUGAAGCUACACAGUGAUGGUAGGGAGGACCAACAAGUGAGCGAGCGUAAGCGACAGGAAGUACUCCAAUAGAUCAAUGGAUCUUCAACAUGGAGAGGAUUUCUCCACUAGGGACCCCCAGGAUGACUUUGAAAUCCUUCUCAGAGUCGGAUGGGGAACCUAUGGGGAAGUUUACAAGGCGCGUAGAAAGCAGACUGGGGACCUGGCAGCCAUUAAGAUUAUUAAAACUGAACCAGAGGAUGACUUUUCCACAAUCCAGCAAGAAAUACUCAUUAUGAGAAGCUGCAAACACACCAACAUUGUAGCUUAUUACGGCAGCUACAUCAGGGCCAACAAACUGUGGAUCUGCAUGGAAUUUUGUGGGGGAGGCUCCUUGCAGGAUGUUUACAGUGUGACUGGUCCCCUGUCAGAAGCACAGAUUGCAUAUGUCUGUAGAGAGACACUAAAGGGUGUGGACUACCUCCAUGAACAGAAAAAAAUGCACCGAGAUAUCAAGGGUGCCAACAUCCUUCUUAAUGACCACGGCGAGGUUAAACUGGCCGAUUUCGGAAUCUCCGCCCAAAUCACGGCCACUCUGUCUCGUCGGAUGUCUUUCAUCGGGACGCCUUAUUGGAUGGCGCCAGAGGUGGCGGCAGUGGAAAUCAAAGGUGGCUACAAUGAGCUGUGCGACAUCUGGUCAGUGGGCAUCACAGCUAUUGAGCUAGCAGAGCUACAGCCACCCAUGUUUGAACUCCACCCGCUACGUGUCCUGUUUCUCAUGUCCAAGAGUAGCUACCAGCCUCCCAAACUUAAGGACAAGGCAAAAUGGUCGUCCAUGUUCUACAAUUUUGUGAAGACUGUGCUGGUGAAGAACCCUAAGAAGAGACCAAGCGCCUCCAAGAUUCUCUCACAUAUGUUCUUGAGUCAAGAGUGCCUGAGGCGGGCGCUGAUUCUUGACCUGCUGGAGAAAUGUCGCUACCCUGAAAAGUUCUGCCCGCCGACAGAUGAUGACGAAAUGGAGGUGAAUGUGCCUGGAUUGUUGAAGAGGAUUCUGUCCAUCAACAAACAAAACUGGGCUGAAGGGAAAUGCUCAAAACCAAAUUUGGAGCAGAUCUACCUGCAGAGGCCUGUGAAGAAAGAAUCGCCAAAUACAACACUGAUGCAUACAGGAAGCUCACAUGGCCUCAACACAUUUCCAUUGAGGGACAAAGACUCAGAUUCUUCUGAUGAUGACUACGAUGAUGUGGAUACUGUCAUAAUACCAGCAGACCAGAUGCCACCACCGCUUCCCCCCAGGACCAAAGUGCGUUCAAGCUCAGAAGAACUCAUUUGGGUGGAAGACAAUGGUUCCAUCAAACCGUCUUCACUGUGCGUCCCCUCGCCCCUUGUCAGGACGUCCAGUGGGACGCAAGUCAGAGCAGGUCCCCACACAAGACUCAUGAGAAACUCAGACCCCGUGUCUUUCCAGUUAAAUGACCAAGAAGUUGCACUCUUACCUCCUGAGCUGCCUCCGAAAAGCAGACGCAGACACCAACAGCCCUCAUCAAAGGACUCUGCCAAGUGUGUGACUCCUCACAUGAAACCUCCUAUCUACUUGAAGAGGAUCUUCCAUGGCUGUCCACUCAAAAUAAAGAGCUCCACCACCUGGCAACACCCAGAUACCAAAGACCAGCACCUGAUCCUUGGAGCAGAGGAGGGCAUCUACACGCUUAACCUUAACCGUUCAGAGGCCACUAUUGAGCUGUUGUAUCCUGGCAAGUGCACCUGGGUCUACAGCUGCCACAAUGUGCUCAUGUCUGUAUCAGGUAAAUCCUCGCAACUUCACUCCCAUUUGCUGAAGGAGCUUCACGAGCGGGCUCGCAGGGACCAGUGGAUGGUGGCACUGCCCGCUCAUCGGCUUUUGCCGCGGAACUUUGCAGUAACGUGUAAAAUUGGUGACACCAAAGGAUGUAGGACCUGCUCAGUUGCUGAAAACUUUCUGUGCUGCGCACUGGAGUCAAGUGUAGUCCUGCUGCAGUGGUAUGAACCCAUGAACAAGUUCAUGCUCAUUAAGCAUUUCGACUUUCCCCUCAGCAACACCCUUCGGGUAUUUGAGAUGGUCGUGGAUGCCCAGCAGGAGUACCCACUGGUGUGCACUGGUGCCAACCGUGGGUCCAGUCCGAAUCAGCCUGUCGCUUUGGAGUACAUCAACCUAAACUCAAACACUUCCUGGUUUAUGCAAACCGACACGGAUCAUCGAUAUCGAGAUGCCUUGCAAGUCAAGCAGUUGGACAGCAACUCGUUAAUGGUCCUCUUCGAAAGGUCUGUACAUAUCGUCGGCCUUGAAGGGGAGCUAAAGAGUGGUCAGCCUCACAAAACCAGUUUCUCACGCGAUGUGGAAUCUGUUGUAUACUUGGAGGACACAUUUUUAGUGGUGUGGCGGCACGGCUGGCUAAGGACCAAAAGAGGCAUCGACAAAGUGUUGGAGGAGACAACCGACCACAAGAAGAUCUUUCGGCUGUUGCAUUCUGAAAGGAUGGUCGUCAUGGAGACACAUCACGCCAAGGACCCAUCAGGGCUGUCCGACCUGUACUUGCUGGAAAUUGCCGAGAACUUUGUCAUGCUGCCCUGAUGCUCCUGAGCAGAGUACUAUGGGAUAUGCAUUGUAUCUAUGCGGGACACAUAUGAGAGGCUUGACCUCACUUUUUGAAAUUGGUUUCAAUGGGAUCGAUGAAAUCCACCACUGGAUCAGCAAUCACUGCUGACUUAACUAUUGAAGCACUGCCAUG